AUGGAUCAGUGUGAGGACAGAGAGGAGGGAGUCCCUCCCUCUAAAACCACUCUGUGUGGGGAACAUGAGAGCCAGACCAAAGCUCAGAGGAACCCACCUGGACCUGGACCUGAACCUGGACCUGGACCCAGCUGUGUGUCCUUAAAGAGUAACCAGUCUAAAAGGGACAUAAUGAAUUUUAAAGGCCAGCAGGCGUCUGCUGCAGAGAGAGUGGACCAGGAGAGCUCAGAGGGUCCCAGUGGACAGUCUGCCCAGCAGCAUCAAGCACAGCUGGACUCCAUAUUUAUGCUGCUGGAGGACAACAUCACCACUUUUCUGAAGAACGAGCUGAAGAAGAUCCAGAAGGUUCUGAAUCCAGAUUACCCAGAAUGCUUAGAGAAUGACGAUGAGUUGGGCGGUGAGGAUGAAGAGCAGAAAAGUAGCAGAGAGGCAUUUGUCAAGAUCACACUGCACUUCCUGAGGAGAAUGAAGCAGGAGGAGCUGGCUGAGCGUCUGCAGAGCAAACAUCUUGCUGCAGUUUGCCGACAUGAACUCAAAUCUAACCUGAAGAAGAAGUUCCAGUGUGUGUUUGAGGGGAUUCCUAAAGCAGGAAACCCAACCCUCCUGAAUGAGAUCUACACAGAGCUCUACAUCACAGAGGGAGGGACUGCAGAGGUCAAUGAGGAACAUGAGGUCAGACAGAUUGAAACAGCAUCCAGGAAACCAGACAGACCAGAAACAACAAUCAGACAAGAAGACAUCUUUAAAGGCUCACCUGGAAGAGCUGAACCAAUCAGAACAGUGCUGACAAAGGGAGUGGCUGGCAUUGGGAAAACAGUCUUAACACAGAAGUUCACUCUGGACUGGGCUGAAGACAAAGCCAACCAGGACAUCCAGUUCAUGUUUGCAUUCACUUUCAGAGAGCUGAAUGUGCUGAAAGAGGAAAAGUUCAGCUUGGUGGAACUUGUUCAUCACUUCUUCACUGAAAACAAAGAAGCAGGAAUCUGCAGCUUUGAAGACUUCCAGGUUGUGUUCAUCUUCGAUGGUCUGGAUGAGUGUCGACUUCCUCUGGACUUCCACAACACUGAGAUCCUGACUGAUGUUACAGAGCCCACCUCAGUGGAUGUGCUGCUGAUAAACCUCAUCAGGGGGAAACUGCUCCCCUCUGCUCGCCUCUGGAUAACCACACGACCUGCAGCAGCCAAUCAGAUCCCUCCUCAGUGUGUUGGCAUGGUGACAGAGAUCAGAGGGUUCACUGACUCACAGAAGGAGGAGUACUUCAGGAAGAGAUUCAGUGAUGAGGAGCAGGCCAGCAGGAUCAUCUCCCACAUCAAGACAUCACAAAGCCUCCACAUCAUGUGCCACAUCCCAGUCUUCUGCUGGAUCACUGCUACAGUUCUGGAAGAUAUGCUGAAGCCCAGAGAGGCAGGAGAGCUGCCCAAGACCCUGACUGAGAUGUACAUCCACUUCCUGGUGGUUCAGGCCAAAGUGAAGAAGGUCAAGUAUGAUGGAGGAGCUGAGACAGAUCCACACUGGAGUCCAGAGAGCAGGAAGAUGAUUGAGUCUCUGGGAAAACUGGCUUUUGAUCAGCUGCAGAAAGGAAACCUGAUCUUCUAUGAAUCAGACCUGACAGAGUGUGGCAUCAAUAUCAGAGCAGCCUCAGUGUACUCAGGAGUGUUCACACAGGUCUUUAAAGUGGAGAGAGGGCUGUACCAGGACAAGGUGUUCUGCUUCAUCCAUCUGAGUGUUCAGGAGUUUCUGGCUGCUCUUCAUGUCCAUCUGACCUUCAUCAACUCUGGAGUCAAUCAGCUGGAAGCACCACAAACAACAUCUCUGCUGUCUAAAGUAAGACCCAAAUCUAAACUAAAACAUCUCCAUCAGACAGCUGUGGACAAGGCCCUACAGAGUCCAAAUGGACACCUGGACUUGUUCCUCCGCUUCCUCCUGGGUCUUUCACUGCAGACCAAUCAGACUCUCCUACGAGGCCUGCUGACACAGACAGGAAGUAGCUCGCAGACCAAUCAGGAAGCAGCUCAGUACAUCAAGAAGAAGAUCAAGAAUAAUUCUUCUGCAGAGAAAAGCAUCAAUCUGUUCCACUGUCUGAAUGAACUGAAUGAUGGUUCUCUGGUGGAGGAAAUCCAACAGUCCCUGAGAUCUGGAAGUCUCUCCACAGAUAAACUGUCUCCUGCUCAGUGGUCAGCUCUGGUCUUUAUCUUAUUGUCAUCAGAAGAAGAUCUGGAUGUGUUUGACCUGAAGAAAUACUCUGCUUCAGAGGAGGCUCUGCUGAGGCUGCUGCCAGUGGUCAAAGCCUCCAACAAAGCUCUGCUGAGCAGUUGUAACCUCACAGAGAGAAGCUGUGAAGCUCUGUCCUCAGUUCUCAGCUCCCAGUCCUCUAAUCUGAGAGAGCUGGACCUGAGUAACAAUGACCUGCAGGAUUCAGGAGUGAAGCAGCUGUCUGCAAGACUCAAGAAUCCAAACUGGAAACUGGAAACUCUCAGAAUAAACAUUUGUAAUCUCACAGAGAGAAGCUGUGCAGCUCUGUCCUCAGUUCUCAGCUCCCCAUCCUCUAGUCUGAGAGAGCUGGACCUGAGUAACAACAAGCUGAAGGAUUCAGGGGUAAAGCAGCUUUCUGCAGGACUGCAGAGUCGACACUGUAAACUGGAAACUCUCAGGCUGGGCAGCUGUAACCUCUCAGAGAGAAGCUGUGAAGCUCUGUCCUCAGUUCUCAGCUCCCAGUCCUCUAGUCUGAGAGAGCUGGACCUGAAUGGAGACGACCUCUUUGCAAAGUAUCUCAACACAAUGCAGGAUAAUGGUGAGAAACCCUCAGCUUAUCUACAACGGCUGCAGGUGAUGCUGAGCACCACCCUCAGAAGGGGAGGUGUAACUGCAAGCGACCUUGACCGGCAUCUUCUUAAGCAGUUUGUCAGGGGCUGCUGGGAUAACAUCUUGAUAGCUGAACUCCAGCUAGAACAGAAGAAGCAGGAUCCACCUACCUUUGCUGAACUUCUCCUGUUACUCCGCACAGCAGAAGAUAAACGUUCUUCCAAAGCUUCACGCAUGAAACAGCACUUCAAUGUUUCAAAGCCAAGAGUGUCUUCUCAUUAUCAAGGUGUUUAUGUGCAGGGUGAAGAAGACUGCAGCUCAUCUCAGCCAGCUCCUGAUCACAGGUCUGAAAUCCAAGACUUAAAGAAACAAAUAGCUGAUCUACAGUCUCAGCUCACACGUAUCACACAGAAAGACAGUAGAAAAGCUAAAUCAGCUACCAGACCACUAGCUCCCCCAACAGCUAACACACAUUCCCCAGCUAUCACUCACACAUCUCAAAGGCUGCAGCCCCACAGCCGAGGUGCAAAUGACAGCACAAGCAAUAGACCAAGGCCUUGGUAUUGCUUUAGAUGUGGAGAGGAUGGGCACAUUAAGCCUCAGUGUGAAAGUGAGCCGAACCCAUCUCUUGUGGCUGAGAAGAGGAAGCAGCUAAAAGAAAAGCAGUUAGCAUGGGACAGUCAACAUGGCACUUCAAAGCCUGAUCCUUUAAACUAGACCCAGUUCCGG